GCGCGAACGCGCUCGGUCGGAGCCGCGUCCCGGCCCCGCAGCGGCCUCGGUGAGGGCGGGCGGGGGUCAGCGCGGCCGGCAGGGACAGCGAGGGUGAAGGGACCUGGCCGGGGAGCGGCGGAGUGGGGCAAGGAACUUCUUCAGGAUGGAGAGCUUCAUUUCUUGCCUUUGGGUUCUUGGGAUCAUCUGAGGUAGUCUGGCCCUCAUCCAUCUUACCUUUUUGACAAGGCAUAUCCAUUCUUCAAGAGAAUUUUUCUCCGUAACAGUUGAACCUAGAGCAGUUAAACAGCACACCAGAAAUAUGGAGGAGACAGAUCCAAGUGAAAGAGGAUUGCCACAGAUUACAUCAAUCAUGAAUAGAGUUAGAAACUUGAAAAACAAAUACAGAAAUGAAGAGAAUAUCACAGAUGAAUUUAACUAUACUAAAAUCUCAGCUGAUACAACAGAUAACUCUGGAACUGUCAAUCAAAUAAUGAUGACAACAAAUAAUCCAGAAGAUUGGCUAUGUUUUUUACUUAAACUAGAGAAAAAGGGUGUUCCUCAGAUGGAUGUUAGCCUACUCAAUAGACUCAUUGGCCGUUACAGUCAAGCAGUGACUGCAUUACCUGCAGAAAAGUACAGUCAAGAUGAGAGCUAUGCUCGCAUCCUUGUGAGAUUUGCUGAGUUGAAAGCUCUUCAAGAUCCAGAGGAGGCACGGGACCAAUUUCAUCUGGCCAGACUAAACUGCAAGAAAUUUGCUUUUGUGCACGUGGCUUUUGCACAGUUUGAGCUAUCACAAGAAAAUGAGAAGAAGUGUAAGCAGAUCCUUCAGAAAGCUGUGGAGUGCUCUGCUGUUCCUCUGGAAUUGUUGGAAACUGCUCUGCAAAACUUAUAUUUGAAAAAAAAACAGUUACUUUCAGAUGAGGAGAAGGAGAACUUUGCAGUAUCAAGUGCACAGGAGUCUGGACUUCAGAAUACAGGUGGAAAUUACAGAAGCUUAAAAAAGAAUGAUUCUAGUGAAAAUUCUUCUACUAUUACCAGAUCUUUAUUUAGGGAAGAGAAGUCACAGGAACUGGGUGCCCUAGUUAAUUACCACAAUCCAUUGAGACCACUAAACAAAUCUAACCAGAUUUGCCCAUUUGGGAGGAUUCCUGUUACCCUAGUAUCUGAUGAUGGUGAUGACAUGGAGGAUUCAGAUGUCCCACUCAUGGCUAGUGUUAUGAAGAGGCAAACGUCCAGCUCCAAACAAACAGCCUUUGUUGCACCUUUUCCACCAUCAGAACCGAAACCUUGUGGGCGUGAUUCAUACAGCCUGGGAGAUUUGCAGUCCUUACAAGAAAAAACAGCUUUACAGUUGCAGACGGUGGAUGAGGGCAGCUCAGAAACAGCUACCAAUUCAACUGUAACUCUCAAAACCAAAGUGGAUGCAAAUCUUGUGACGAAAAGAGCGGAAAAUAAAGUUCAGCAUCUGGAGCUGAAGACACCAGAGCCCAGGAGUCUGGAAAGUCAACAGCAACAAUCUAGUUUUGGUGAAAGCUAUAGAAAGCAGUUGGAGCAGAUUAAACUAAACUGUGUUAAUGCCAGAAAAAAAAUGCCAACUCAAGAAGUGUCACAGAAAAGCUGCUAUGGCGAGGGAAAACAAAUGAACAUUGAACAGUCUGGUCAUCCUGUUUCAAGACGAUUAUCACCACCAGAUGCUGUUUGUAAGAAAAGCGACCCAUCACACGUUUAUGGAACACCAAGAACCACAUCUAAUGAUUAUAUGGCCUGUUUCAGCACACCAGUCGUAAAGGAGAAGUUUGUACCAGGAUGUCAAAUUUCUACUCCCUACAGCCAGUUCCCUUAUUAUUUACCACAUACUCCAGCAACUCCAUUUCAAAAUCAAGUUGGCUUGCAGGUUCCAGCUUCUGUACCUUCACAUGAAUGCCUUGUCAUCAAUGGAAGAGUUUAUACAGUGUUAAAGCAAAUAGGUAGUGGAGGCUCAAGUAAGGUGUUUCAAGUACUGAAUGACAAGAAGCAACUGUAUGCUGUCAAAUAUGUGAAUCUAGAGGAUGCUGAUCAACAGACUGUUGAGAGCUAUAAGAAUGAAAUUGCUCAUUUGAGCAAACUGCAGCAACAUAGUGAUAAGAUCAUCCGCCUUUAUGGCUAUGAAAUUACUGAUCAACAUAUCUACAUGGUAAUGGAGUGUGGAAAUAUUGAUCUCAAUAGCUGGCUUAAAAAGAAAAAAAGGAUGGAUCCAUUGGAACGAAAGAGCUAUUGGAAGAAUAUGCUGGAAGCUGUUCACACAAUCCAUGAAUAUGGCAUCAUUCACAGUGAUCUGAAACCAGCAAACUUUCUGAUAGUUGAUGGAAUGUUAAAACUAAUUGACUUUGGCAUUGCAAACCAAAUGCAGCCAGAUGUGACAAGUAUCAUUAAAGAUUCUCAGGCUGGCACAAUGAAUUAUAUGCCACCUGAAGCAAUAGAAGAUAGGUCUUCCUAUGGAGAAAAUGGCAAGCCUCGUUCUAAGAUAAGUCCCAAAAGCGAUGUGUGGUCACUGGGCUGCAUUUUGUACUGUAUGACAUACGGAAGGACUCCGUUUCAGCAUAUCACAAGUCACAUCAAUAAAAUGCAUGCUAUUGUUGAUCCAAGCUAUGAAAUAGGGUUCCCAGAUAUUGCUGAGAAGGAUCUUCAAGAUGUGCUGAAGCGCUGUUUAAUAAGGAAUCCUAAAGAGAGAAUUUCUGUUUCGGAAUUGCUGGUACAUCCCUAUGUUCAAAUUCAAAGCCAUUGUCAAACAGGUGUCCCAAAUGCAAAAGGAACAACAGAGGAAAUGAAACGUAUCCUUGGCCAGCUUGUUGGCUUGAAUUCUCCCAAUUCUAUUUCUAGAGCUGCGAGGACUUUAUAUGAACAGUGCAACAGUGGUAAAACUCUUGAUGUAUCAGCAUUUGCAAAACCUGGGCAUCAAAAAACAUGGACAACAAAAUGAUGUGCUACUGUUCGGGAGGCAACAGAUAUCUGGUCAUUAAAAAGAGCUUAAUGGAAUGAAUUUUUACUGUGGACUCUUUGACUCCUUGCAUGCUGCUUGGGUUGAGCAACGACAAUGGCUACUUGGUGAUUAUGGUCUGUGUUACUUACAAAGCACUACAGUCUGGAGUACAAAAACUUGUAUGAGAGUCUUUUAAGAUGAGAUCUUAUGAGAAGCUCAUAUAAAGAAGUUCCCCAAAAAUGCCAAUUGAUGUACAUGAGAAACACGAAAUACCUUUUGAAACAUCUCCUCAGGCAUUAACAGCGUGUUAUGCUGUUCUGUCCUUUGCUAACAAACACCUUGGAAAUGAGCACUCUGUAUAGACCACCAGUUACAAUAUUGGUAGAUGCAUGUAAAUAUCACUCAGUUUUUGAGCUGUUCCUGUGGUUAAGUGUUAUGAUGGAAUCAUCAGUACUGUG